AUGUUGAAGGACGAUUCCCUCGUGAAGGACGCCAAGAUCCACUCCCCGCAAUUGAGCUCGAAUCCAUUCGCCGAAGCAAUACUGUCUUUCAUAGAUGAACUGAGAGACAACGAAGAUAGAAAGAGCAUCUUCUACAAAGAAGUGAUUCAGGUGGCAUGUCGCUUCUAUUUAACAGAUGACCCCGCCCGGCAAACAAUUGAGAAACUGUCCACUUACUUAACGGAUCUGGAGCUUCAACCUCGGAAGAAAAAUGGCAUUCGGAGGGUUCCUUCGUCUGAGCAGCUGGUUGAAGGACUUCUGCAAUAUACGUCUGCAUUGGAUGUCAUGACCCAGGCAGAUCCAGCUGUUUCGGCCCUGCUUUAUGGUGGCGCGAAGCUAAUCUUUCAGCUAGCCAAUGGCUAUACGAAAUACUUCGAGCAAAUUGUUCAGAUGAUGGCGGACGUCGGAGUUCAAUUACAGUACUUCCAUAUCUAUUCGCAGGGAUUUGCUCAGGAAAAGUCUAUGAAUGGGAUACUCUUCAACUCAUACAGAGACAUCAUUCUAUUCUUGAGAGAUGCCUCGAAGAUAUUAAAUCAGAGAGGAAAGCGAUUCCUGGGAAGUGGGCUGCUCACUCCACUCAACGAACGAUACGCCAAGUUCAAGCAAAAGCUAGACAAGAAUGCGCAAAAUAUCCGGCAUAUGGCACAAGCACUACAAGUUCGGCAGCAAGCAAAUUUCAGCCGAGAUCAAGAAGCUCAAGUGCGCGAGCUGGGUCUUGCACUUGAUAAUUCAUCGACUCGGUCUGUGUCGCCUCGUCCACCAAGCUACGAUGGACCAGCUCCAGUUUCACGUCACGAUGAAGUUCGCCGAUGGAUUGCUGGCAGCCGAGCAUCGAAAAUUGAUCCUCAAUUUGAUUUGAACCGACAUCUUUCUGCCAGGCAUGUCGGAACAUCGGAAUGGAUUUUUGAAGACCCGGUGUUUGUCAAGUGGCAGUCGUCGAAAGAGAGUACAACUGUGUGGAUGAACGCCGCCCCAGGAGCUGGAAAGAGCGUUCUUUCCGCGUCAGUUGUUGAGCAUUUCAUGCAGUCCGAGCAAAAGGAUCAAACGAACGUGAUAUAUUUCUUCUGUCGUUUCGACGAACCCGACAAGUGUAAAGCAAUAUCGGCUUUGAAAUCCCUUGCAAUUCAGGCGUUGAAGUUCAUCAAGUAUGUGCCAGACGACUUGUAUCAGCUCUACCAAGAUGACUUUGCCUCUGAGGAUAGCUUCGUCGUGAAUAUUGAGCUCGCCGAACGAGUUCUGGGAUAUCUUCUGAAACGAAUUGAGUACAUAUCGAUUGUGGUUGAUGGACUUGAUGAAUGUCACGAGAGCAUUCUCCUGGACUCUCUGCUUCGACUUCGCGAUCAGAAGACAUAUGGUAUCACAAAAUGGUUUUUCACCAGCCGAAACGAAGGACUGUUAAGGAAGAGAUUCGAGAACUCCAAGUCAGCGAUCCUCUCCGUGCCAAGCAAUGUCGUUCAGACAGACAUUCGGAAGUUUCUCAAAGAUAGGUCCAGUGAGCUAUGCGGUACAGAUGAACAGUUGGAAAGGCUCACAGAACUAUCCGAGGGCAAUUUCCUGAUGAUGCGCUUGACUGUGGAUCCUUUCCGCAAUGAAGAAUUUACUUGCUCUGAAGAGUUUGAGGAAGCGCUCGAUGACUUUCAGCCCGAAUUGGGACAGUGCUGGUUUCGAAGUUUGCAAAGACUAUCCCAACGUAGCGAGCAAUAUCAGGAGUUGGCGCAGAUGAUUUUCACAUCAGUGAUCCUCGCAAUUCAGCCACUGACAUUCAACGAACUCACUGAGUUGCUAUCGAUCAAAAUUGGGAGUGAGCCAUCAGAGAGCCGUCGGAGAACGCGAGCCGUGAUCCUAUCAGCAUGCUCUCCGUUCAUCGAAGCAGACUACGAAGCCGACUUUGCGAACCCCACCAUACGCCUGGUGCACAAAUCGAUAGGGGACUUCCUCACUCAAGAUCCGACUAAGAUGGAAUUCGUGACAGAAAGCUGCUACAGGUUCUUUAUCAAAUAUCGAGAAGGACAUACUGAAAUUGGUCGUCGCUGUUUGACUUAUCUCAACUAUGAGGUUUACGAGGAUUUUGACGUCGCCGAGCUAGACGACGACGACACCGUCGAUCACGGUUUCCUGAAAUACGCUUCGAUAUUCUGGCACCACCAUGUUCAGGAGGCAGGCGAGAGCGAGUAUUUUUAUGAUGAGAUCCGAGAGCUACUGAGGUCUCCAAAUAUGUGGACGUGUGUGCGUGUCCAGAGCAAAUUCGCGCCGCACAUGUUUGCGAAGCUCGUAGCCUUUAAGGACAAGGAGGAUAGCUACGAUAUGUCUAUCCCUAAUAAUACCCCUGGUCUACCCUCGACAGUGGAAGAGUUCUAUGCGCAUGCUUUGCCACAGUGGUUGAACACUUACGAUGACCAAGGACAUCACCUGAACUGGGGCUAUCACAUGUUUGUCCGCGACUGGGGAGAGGUGCUGUUGAGAUACCCAGACAAGAUUCAGACAUAUUUCGCCAAAGUUCUUGGGUCAAAAAGCUUCUGGUACAUUGAAGACCAGCCGGACAAUGUUAAAGUAAAAUGCUGUGAUAAAAGCUUUGGUUUCGAGGAUCUUUCAAAAAUGUACAGUACAGGGAACGUACCCUCGCCGAGGUGGCAUACUCAGACAAGAAAAAAUGAAUUUCCUCACGAGGAAAGUACGGAAGUGUCAUAUAUCAAAAACACGCUGAAAGAAUACCGAGGCGAUUGGGAGUUCCAGCAUUGCGCGAUCGUGUCACAGCAGACGGCCUCUGCGACCAUCUAUCGAUAUCAACAGAAGCCUAAGACCUCAAAGGCAGACGAUGAUUCUGACUCUGAGUCUGAGCUCGAAACCUCGGAAGAUGAAGUUAUUACAGCACCUCUCGCCAGCGAUCCAGCGAUAUGGUUUAUGUCAGUCGCAACGAGUCCGGGAGAUGUACAUUGGUUUCAUCAUAAAUCAAAAGCAGCAAUAUUGCAGAAGUCGGCGCCGAUCUUUGUACCUGACAGUCAAUGGCUACUAUGGCCACAGGAUGAAUCAACACUCUUUUUCCUAAACACAAAAACACUGAAAACAUCGACUUUCAACCUUCCGAGUAAGGCAAUGCCGGAUUUGAUGAUGAUAUCUCAAGAUUACCACUUUUCGACAUACUCAAAUGAGCUCUACAGUGCUUCAGUAUAUGGAUCAACUACGAAAGGCUUUGUAAUCAAAUACACAAAGCUUCCGUUCCUUCCCUUCGGAUCGCCAACUGAGGUGCCGACGCUCGACACUUCAGCUAUAGCAUCGAUAGAAACAACUUGGCGAUAUGCCAACACCAGUUUCUCUCUACCGACUUCUUUCUUCUGGGCAGAGUCGACACUUUACGCAGCUCUUGGAUCCCCUGCAGUAAAACUAUUCCGCUUCCCCUCUCCACCCAAAUCAACAGCAGCCCCAGCAACUCAAGCGAUCCAGAUUCUGAAGCGCAAGCUUUUCAUCCCAUCUUCAUCCUACGCUCGAGGACUUCAGUUUCUGGUCAAGUCAAAUGACGACGGCUCUUCCCAAGCCAUAUUUGCCCUCGAUGCUGCUCCAACCGCGGAGCUACCGGCUGUAGUCCUGGACUUCAAAUUAGGGAAGGACGAUUGGAAGACGUAUAACCCGAAAGAGAAAGACGAGGACUCUGUUGCUACUAACACCCUUGGGUUUUUGAAAGGGACGUAUGCGGCGAAGGAGCAGGCUUUCAGGGUGCCGAUCAGGAGUGGACUGGACUGGAGGAGGAGUGUUUAUGUCACGUGUUGGUAG